AUGGCUGUUCCUCGGCAGGAGAGAGUGUGCAGACUAUGUAAAUACCCGAUACAAAUAUGUGCUCGUGGUCUUCCGUUCUCCAAAUUUUCGAUCAGAGUACCGAGACAAUUCAGAUGCACGAUGAUAGAGCCAACAUAUGAAUGGUACGAGUUUGAUGUUCUACAGCGUGGAUCGAAAUACAUCCUCACCGGAGAAUGGGAGAUGUUUGCUAGUAUAUACAAAAUCAACAAGGGCGACACGCUGCAUUUGAACGGUUGUUCACUUGUGCACGAACACCUGGUUUUUGGCCAUUUACGUCGACUGUCAGGCGAUAUCGCAGUGCCAAGAUGUACAAUAGAUGAGUACGAGGCGGAACAACGAAUUGUGUAG